AACAACAAAUAACCGUCAACUGUUAAACAAGAAGCGCGGCCGUUAAAGUGAAUUUUCUAGAAGUUAAUUGUGAAUUUAGUGGCAUUGUGAAAUUUGGAAAAUAAGAAGGAGAGCAACAGCUGAGCCUGAGUCCCCGAACAAUAACAAAUCGAAGUUAGUUGAAUUAAAUAUAUAAAAACAAUUCAGUAGAAAGCGCCAGCUUUUGUUGCGUUUUUCGUUUGACUCGGACGACUUACAAAUACAUUUGCCGUAAUGGGUCUAUUGAGCGAAGGCAAUCCACUGUCCUGGGAGGAGACCAAAAAGCUGGCGGAUCAUGUGCGAGAGCACGGCAUUAAUCAAUUCAUAAAUUUAUAUCACAGAUUGAAGGAUCGCCAGGGCGACAUACUCAAGUGGGGCGAUGAGGUGGAGUACAUCAUUGUGAAGUUCGAUGAUGAUAAGCAGGUGGCUCGUGUCGCACUCAAUGCCAAGGACUUGCUGGCCAAGUUGAACGAAAAGGAGCUGGCUGAUCCCAAUGGCGUCAAGUCAUUGUGGCGUCCCGAAUAUGGCGCCUACAUGAUCGAGGGCACUCCAGGCAAGCCCUUCGGCGGUCUCAUGGCACACUUCAAUCUGGUGGAGGCCAACAUGCGCUAUCGUCGCGAGGAGGUGACCGAGCUGCUGGCCAGCGAUGAGUGCGUCAUGUCCAUUACAAACUUUCCUCGCUUGGGUGCACCCAAUUUCACGUAUCCACUCCAUCAGCCGCGCCCCGAAGAUCCCACAAGCUCAGCGCGUUCGCUGUACUUUCCCGAUGAGGCCAUCUUCCCGGGACAUCCACGCUUCAAGACGCUCACUCGCAACAUUCGCAUGCGACGCGGUGAAAAGGUUUCCAUCAAGCUAAAGGUCUUCAAGGAUGUGAACACAAAACUGCCAGUUGAGGGCGCACCAGCUGGCGAGCCGGAUGUGGUGCUGCUGGAUGCCAUGGGCUUCGGCAUGGGCUGUUGCUGCUUGCAGCUCACCUUUCAGGCUUGCAACAUAACCGAGGCGCGUCGCUUGUACGAUCAGCUAGCGCCGCUGUGCCCCAUCAUGUUGGCGCUCACAGCCGCCUCGCCCAUAUAUCGAGGCUAUUUAACCGAAUCGGAUUGCCGCUGGAAUGUGAUAAGCUCGUCGGUGGAUUGUCGCACCGAGGAGGAGCGCGGUCUAGCACCGUUGGCAGAUCAAAAGUUUCGGAUUGCCAAGUCGCGUUAUGAUUCCAUUGACUCGUACCUGUCGCCAGAGGGCGCCAAAUACAACGAUGUCAAGCUAACCUACGACGAAACGGUCUACAAACGGCUCAUCGAAGGCGGCAUUGAUCAUCUGCUGGCGCAGCACAUUGCGCAUCUUUUCAUACGCGAUACGGUCUCGCUGUUCAGCGAGAAGGUGCAUCAGAAUGACAACGAGGACACCGAUCACUUUGAGAACAUACAGUCCACCAACUGGCAAACGAUGCGCUUCAAGCCACCGCCACCCAACAGCUCCAUCGGUUGGCGCGUCGAAUUCCGUCCCUGCGAGGCGCAGAUCAGUGACUUUGAGAAUGCAGCCAUUGUUUGCUUUGUUGUGCUCCUCACUCGCGUCAUCCUAUCGUAUCAGCUCAACUUCUUAACACCCAUCAGCAAGGUGGAUGAGAAUAUGCAAACAGCUCAGAAGCGUGAUGCUUGUCGCAAGGAAAAGUUUUGGUUCCGCAAGUCUUCCAAGUCGACGGAGCAGCGUGCGGCCAAGGCUCAGCUCAAUGGCGCUGCCAAUGGCACUGCCACUGGCACUGCCACUGGUACUGACACUUUAAUCAAUGGCAGCGCCAAACUAAAUGGUCAUGGCAAUGGCCUGGAUCAUGGUAUGGCCAAUGGACUGAAUGGCAAAGCCAAUGGCACACACCAACAAAAUGGUGGCGAUAGCGAUCACACCGAUACGGACGAUGAUGAGAAUGAGCUGUUCCAGCUUCUAAGCAUCAAUGAAAUCUUUAACGGCAAACCUGAUGUAUUUCCUGGUCUGGUGCCACUCAUACGCAGCUAUCUGCAGUCCAUGGAAGUGGACACGGACACGCACUGCACCAUUGAACAGUAUCUGCGCUUUAUACAAAAGCGUGCCGCUGGUGAGCUUAUGACCACAGCCACAUGGAUGCGCGAGCAGGUGCUCAACCAUCCAGACUACAAGAGAGAUUCGGUGGUCACUGAGCGCAUUAACUAUGAUUUGCUGAAGUGCAUACAGAGCAUUCAGGAGGGCAAGCAUAUUGAGCCGGCGCUCCUUGGUCAGGGCAAUCAUUCCAAGACGAAAGAUUUCAUUCCGCCUGCGUUGCAAAAGCAGCUGGCCAAGAAUGGCUGCUGCGAGGAGAAAUGAUUGCGCUGCCGCUGAACUAUAUACAAACAAAAAUAACUAAAAUAACAACUACAACACAACAACAAUCCCACAUACAUUCUCAACAAAAUGCACACACGACAUUGUGUGGAGAAAUGCAGCCCCGCCCCGCGCCGCACCGCUCUCUGGCCCCUGUGGGCUUAGAUAGAUGUAAUCUGCAUGAACUGCUGUGACUAAAGCUCAAGCGGAGGCGGCUGAGUAAUUGAAAUGCAAAACGCGUGCUAAACUGUAAAUGAAACUGAAGGGGAAAUCUUCCCUGGAAGCGGUACACGGCACGGAGUCCACAUUGAGUGUGUUGUAUGUGUGUGUCUGUGAGUGAGUGUGUGUGUGUGUGUGUUGCAGGCAUUGUAUGGUGGGCGUGGCAAGCGAGACAGGCGGUCGCGGGCGACAAAAACAA